AUGGCUUUGGCAGUGGAGAAGAGAGCUGUGGCUGUACUGUUGGUCUUGUAUGCAUUCCUUGAGGUCUCCAUUGCAGCUGUGUACAAGGUUGGGGACUCUGCUGGUUGGACUAUCAUUGGCAAUAUUGAUUACAAGAAGUGGGCUACUACUAAGACCUUUCAAGUUGGUGAUAUCAUCCUUUUUGAGUACAGUCCUCAAUUCCACAAUGUGAUGCAAGUCACACACCCUGAGUACCAGGCAUGCAAUGCCUCUGCCCCUAUUACUACUCACAAAACAGGCAAUGACUCCAUCACCAUCACCAAUCAUGGUCACCAUUACUUUCUCUGUGGUUUUCCUGGUCACUGCCAAGCUGGACAGAAAGUCGACAUUAACGUGCUUCAUGUUGCUGUAUCGGCUCCUACUCCAUCUGCAUUGCCUUCCGUUCCUGCUGCCGCGACACCUGCACCUUCUCCAAGUGAUGCAGCUCCAUUGUAUGCUUUCAAGAGGCUCCUUGCUAAUCUUGGAUGGACUUUGGCUGUUUUUGUUUGUGGUUUUGCUUAAAUCAGGAGUCUCCCACAUACAAGUUCAUGAGCUUUUGGGGAGUCAUUAUGUUGUUGAGGUGGUGGUUUGGGUCGAGGCGAUUUGAGAACAACAGUAUUAGACAUAGAUAUGCAUAAUUGUAUGAUAGCCAUAAAUUUACCAAUGCUAAUACUAGUUUUUUGUGAUUGGAGAUUCGUAUUUUGGAGUGAGUCUGAUUGGUUGUAUCACUUUUUUUCUCCCCUAAACAGCAAAAGUAAUACCUUCAACAUUCAAGAAUUUGCCCAUCAAUGAA